UUGGGAAAAGAUCAGUAAAAAUAAUCUUCAUAAAUUAAAUUUAAUCUUCAUAAAUAUGCUAUUAUAUUAAAAUAUUACACUAAUUAUAAUUACCAGUUUCAUCUUAAAUGUUAUGUUUUAUGCUAUCGAUACAAAUAUGAACAAAGAAAUAAGAUCUAAAGCGUAAAAGCACUUUUCUAAAUUUAAUUUAAAAUAUGUGCGAGGUUAUUGUAUUAUUUAAUGGUUAUUCUACAAAACUUGACAAUGAAAUAAUGAAAGCCAAUUGUUCUUGUACAUUAAUAAAGGCAUCGAAGAAUAUUAUCGUUGAUACUAUGACAGCUUGGGACCGAGAAAAAAUAAUACAAGCACUUUUUAAACAUAAUAUUACACCUGAAAAAAUUGAUUAUGUCGUAUGUACUCAUAAUCAUGCCGAUCAUAUAGGAAAUAAUAAUCUUUUCGUAAAUGCGGAACAUAUAAUUGGAACUUGUGUUCACCGUGGUGAACUAUUUUUCAAUAAAAAUUUUAAAGACGGAUAUAAAAUUUGCCCAGAAGUUAAAGUUAUAGCAACCCCUGGACAUACACCAGAUGAUGUUACAGUUUUAGUUGAAACUAUAGUUUCUGGGAGACCUACAUGUUUUGCUAUUACAGGAGAUUUAUUUGAAAAAAAGGAAGACAUAUCAGAUCCAUCGAUUUGGAAAGAGUUAGGAACUAUAGAAUUACAAAAAACUCAAUCACUUAUGCGAUCUCAUGUAGUAGAUUUGGCAAAUCUUAUAAUACCUGGACAUGGGCCCAUGUUUGCUGUUACUGAUGACAUGAGAAAAAUUAUUAGGAGUCAAAUAAUUCUAUAACAUCAUAAUGUAUAUAUGAAAAUAUACAUUUCUGUAGCUAUACUCUGUAUAUUUUGUAACGUGAAUUUUAUUUAUUUGUAAUAUUUGAUUAAAUCUUACGUAUACUCAUAUUGUUUUUACAAAUACUUUAUUAAACACUGUAAAGUGUAGUACAUAGUAGACAGUAUCAGAUAGUAUCACAACAUUAUUAUAUAUAUAUUAUUAUUAUAUUAUAUUAUAUAUAUAUAUAUUUGUAUACAUUGCAAUGAUUAUUACAUAUUAUUUAAUUCACAAAUGUUUAGAAAAAGAGCAUUUAAAUAGCUAUGUGC